UUGCUUGAGUUCAGCGUUUGUGUUUCCAUGUAGCUCGAUUUUCUAUUUUAGGAGAGUUUUGAGAUAGAAAAGAGAGAUUAAUGUAAUAUUCAAACUCUCAAGAGAGAAAUUAGAUUCCAAAAGAUUCACAUUAAGCAACUGAAGAACCAUAAAUGCUAUAUUAUGGCAAUGUUAAGGCCAAUUCUGCAUUUUUUUCAGACAUUGAUCCAAUGAUAUUAUCAUGGUAUUUUUAUUUUUUUUAUUUUACACAGCAGUCCAGCCUUGCAAUUGUCAUUUCAUUUUUAAAUUACUGAUGGCAUAACAAGGGGCGCUCACUAAAAACUUCCCAUGGAGGCCCAGGAAUGAAAAGGUCUUACAUUUAUUAGCCUUUCUCUGCAUAGGUCUCACCAAGAGUGACACAUUGUUUUAUGCUGCUGUGGAAUCCUCACUUGCUGGAGCCUGCAGGUUGCAUUGGGAGCCAUGAAGUGAAUUCAGAAAUCAGUGUCUCAUCUUGGAAGCAUUUGCCCUUCAAAACUGACUUCAUGGAUGGAAAGAGAUGAAGGGUUCUCUGAACUUCUUUGAGGUAUCUCAAACAUUUUUUGUUCUAAAACCAUGGGAAAAAACCUGGGACAUCUGGAUAUACAGCUAUUAGUGAGGCAUUUUUGUAUUUAGUGAAGGAUGAGUAACAUGAACUACCAUCAUGGAGGACAGAAGUUCAGAUACGAAAGACCAAGAUGGUACAAUUGAAUUCAUUGCUGUUAAGGAAGAGAAUAUUGAAGACGCAAGUGAGGAGGAUUUUCAGGGAAUGAAAUACUAUAAUAAAGAUACAGAUGAAAAGAACAUUGUGUAUUUAAAGGCGGAAAAUGAAGCAAAUAUGAACUAUGAGUGCACAGCAUCUGAAGAAAUCAAAAGUCUGUGUGAAGGAGUUAAAAAUGACUCAGACUUUUGUGUGUGUAAAGAUGAAGAUCCUUUGUUAUUAUCCACACAGGAUGUGGCAAACGAUUGCAGGAAAAUGUUCCCAUUAGAUGGUGAUCAGGCAAUAGCUAAGGAAGACAAGGAGGUAACAGACAAAAUUGAAGAACAGACCGCAAAAGUUAAACAUUUCAUUUGUGAAGUAUGUGGUAGGAAAUUCCUUUGUAAGAGUAGAUUGGUAGCUCACAUAAGAGUACAUACAAAAGAGAAGCCUUUUAGCUGUGAGGUGUGCAGUAAGUCAUUUUUGAGAAAAGAUUAUGUAGUAGAACACAUGAAAGUACAUUCAAGUGAGAAACCUUACAUAUGUGACGUAUGUAACAAAGACUUCUCUAGGAAAGGCCAUUUAGUGAAGCACAUCAAAGGAGUUCAUAUGAAGGAGAAACCUUACAGCUGUGAGGUUUGCAGCAAAGUUUUCUCUGUGAAAAGUGACCUAUCUGUGCACAUGAGAGUACACACAAAUGAGAAGCCUUAUACUUGUGAACUUUGUAGUAAGGUUUUCACUGUGAGAAGUAACCUGAUGAGACACAGAAGAUCACAUACUAAAGAGAAGCCUUAUAGUUGUGAGGUCUGCAGUAAGUCUUUCUUUAGGAAAGAUUAUUUAGUGGAACACAUAAGAGUACAUACAAAAGAGAAGCCUUUUAGCUGUGAGGUGUGCAGUAAGUCAUUUUUGAGAAAAGAUUAUGUAGUAGAACACAUGAAAGUACAUUCAAGUGAGAAACCUUACAUAUGUGACGUAUGUAACAAAGACUUCUCUAGGAAAGGCCAUUUAGUGAAGCACAUCAAAGGAGUUCAUAUGAAGGAGAAACCUUACAGCUGUGAGGUUUGCAGCAAAGUUUUCUCUGUGAAAAGUGACCUAUCUGUGCACAUGAGAGUACACACAAAUGAGAAGCCUUAUACUUGUGAACUUUGUAGUAAGGUUUUCACUGUGAGAAGUAACCUGAUGAGACACAGAAGAUCACAUACUAAAGAGAAGCCUUAUAGUUGUGAGGUCUGCAGUAAGUCUUUCUUUAGGAAAGAUUAUUUAGUGGAACACAUAAGAGUACAUACAAAAGAGAAGCCUUUUAGCUGUGAGGUGUGCAGUAAGUCAUUUUUGAGAAAAGAUUAUGUAGUAGAACACAUGAAAGUACAUUCAAGUGAGAAACCUUACAUAUGUGACGUAUGUAACAAAGACUUCUCUAGGAAAGGCCAUUUAGUGAAGCACAUCAAAGGAGUUCAUAUGAAGGAGAAACCUUACAGCUGUGAGGUUUGCAGCAAAGUUUUCUCUGUGAAAAGUGACCUAUCUGUGCACAUGAGAGUACACACAAAUGAGAAGCCUUAUACUUGUGAACUUUGUAGUAAGGUUUUCACUGUGAGAAGUAACCUGAUGAGACACAGAAGAUCACAUACUAAAGAGAAGCCUUAUAGUUGUGAGGUCUGCAGUAAGUCUUUCUUUAGGAAAGAUUAUUUAGUGGAACACAUAAGAGUACAUACAAAAGAGAAGCCUUUUAGCUGUGAGGUGUGCAGUAAGUCAUUUUUGAGAAAAGAUUAUGUAGUAGAACACAUGAAAGUACAUUCAAGUGAGAAACCUUACAUAUGUGACGUAUGUAACAAAGACUUCUCUAGGAAAGGCCAUUUAGUGAAGCACAUCAAAGGAGUUCAUAUGAAGGAGAAACCUUACAGCUGUGAGGUUUGCAGCAAAGUUUUCUCUGUGAAAAGUGACCUAUCUGUGCACAUGAGAGUACACACAAAUGAGAAGCCUUAUACUUGUGAACUUUGUAGUAAGGUUUUCACUGUGAGAAGUAACCUGAUGAGACACAGAAGAUCACAUACUAAAGAGAAGCCUUAUAGUUGUGAGGUCUGCAGUAAGUCUUUCUUUAGGAAAGAUUAUUUAGUGGAACACAUAAGAGUACAUACAAAUGAGAGGCCAUUUGGCUGUGAGUUAUGCAAGAAAUCCUUCUCAGAGAAAGGAAAUCUAGUGAGGCAUAUGCGAGUUCAUAAAUAGGUUAGAACUCAUAGUUGUAAGGUUAUAGUAAUGGUCACAGCAAGACAUAUUUUUGGUGCACAUAGCUGAGGGUACCUUGCAGGGACUGGUUGGGAAUUUGGUGUUGUUUUAU